AUGGAAAGAUCUUCAACUGGAAGUAGAAAUCAUCCCAAUGAAUCACUUCUCAACCUCACCCUUGACGAUAAGCUAAUAUCCAUGAAACCUCUCAACAAAAACACCUUCCACGCAAUAAUCAGAGCAGUGUGGUGUUUUGUGAUUGGCCUCAUUGUUGAAGAUAUAGAUACCAACAUGUUUAUGUUCACAUUUCCCAAGCAGCAAGACAAAGAUAGGAUUCUGGCUAACAGUCCAUGGAAUUUCAAAGGAUUCCAUAUGGUUCUAAGUCACUGUCCCCCCGAACUUAGCAUUAAUGAAAUUGCUUUGAACUUUUCUGUGUUCUGGAUCCAAAUCCAUGGGCUACCAAUGGAUAUGCCCACAAAUAAGAAUGCAGAGAGGAUAGGCCAAGUCUUUGGAAACCUAAUAAAAUCUGAUAGAGCCUCCAUUUUCGGGGUGACCUUGAGAAGAUAUUUGCGGCUCAAAGUGGAACUGAAAGUCGAGCAGCCACUAUUAGAAGGUUUUGAGUUAGCCAGACCAAAUGGAGAAGUGAGAAAGAUCUUGAUACAAUACGAAAGAUUAUCUGACUUCUGUUAUGGAUGUGGAAGACUUGGCCAUAUAGUGCAAACGUGCCCAAUCUAUAUGUUUCCUCCAGAUUUCUCAAAGUAUGGACCAUGGAUGCGGGUGGAGAACACCUCAGUCAGGCGAAAUGAUUAG